UAAAAAAUUGUGUAUACCGCAAGAUUUACUUCAAUGCGUUGCCGAUUUUAGUUUUGGAAGUUAUAAGUUGAACAGUCGUUAGCAUCAUUGAAUGAAGAAGAUUUGAUGGUUGAGAGUGCAACCGUUAAUAUAAUAUCUGCAUCAGUUUAUUAUACUUAUCUGUUUUAUUUGAAUGUCCAUUAAAUAUAGUCAAAGAACAAAUUACUGUAUGCCGGUGAGUGACAACAUGUUAGCCGGUCACCGGCAGAAAUCCAACCAAUAGGAUAUCGAGCCGGCGACACACCUCCGUGGGAUUUAUAAUUGGAACGAGUGCGCGCGCAUCCAGUCGUGAUAUUGAGCGCCGUCAACGCUGUUCCGUUUUACAUUCAGUCAACUGUCAGUUGUAGACCGCGGCGGGUUAUAGCGUGUUACAGUGAAUUGUGUGCGCGGAGCUUCGAACAUGGCUUUGCUCAAAAGGCUCGCUGCAAAUGCGCCCCGGGGCGUCCGUGCCCUGUCCACACCGCCGCCGACUCCUCCCACUCGAGACGAGCUAGAUCUGUCUUUCAAUAGUCCUAAGGACGCAUUCAAAAGCAAGAAAACUAGCGAACUAGUCCGAGCGUACAUGGUCUAUCAAAUAUGUUCCAUCAACUGGAUCGUGGAGAACAACGCUAUGUUGAUGAAGAGAGCGCGACAGUUGAUCGGCCAACGACUCUUCGAAACGCUGAUGAAGGCCACCUUCUACGGCCAGUUCGUCGCCGGAGAGGACUCUGACAAAAUCAAACCCACCAUAGAUAGGUUGCGAUCUUUCGGAGUCAAGCCGAUCCUCGACUACUCAGUGGAGGAAGACCUCUCCCAGGAGGAGGCGGAGAAACGUGAAGUGAGCGCGUCGAUAUCGGCAUGCGGCGACAAGGAGGAGGAGGGCCAGCUGAAGCAGUACCACGUGGAGCAGCGGUUCGCGGACCGCCGGUACAAGGUGACCAGCGCCCGCACAUACUUCUACCUCAACGAGGCCGCCUGCGAGAAGAACAUGGAGGCCUUCCUCAAGAGCAUCGACGCUGUCGCCGGGAUAACCCAGAGCACGGGACUGAUGGCGGUUAAGCUGACCGCAUUGGGACGGCCGCAGCUACUUCUGCAACUGUCGGAGGUGAUAAUGCGCGCGCGCAACUACAUGCAGCAGAUAGCCGGCGGCACAGGCAACGUGCUCACCCACCACAAGACCAUCGAGGACUUACAGCGGUACUUCGGCGAGCACAGCUCCAAGCCCGAGGUGCAGGAAUUCAUGAAGAAGAUCACCUCCGAUAAGGAGGGAGUGCUGCAUCUUUUCCCCUGGGAUCGUAUCGUCCACCUGUUUCCGUGGUCGAACAUCCUGGAUAAGGACAUGAAUCUGUCGGACUCGUUCCGCGUCCCGGAUCCCAAAACCGGACAGAUGCGCCGCCUCAUCUCGCAGAUCUCGCCCAAGGAGGAGGAGAUGUUCCGGAACAUGCUGCGGAGAUUGAACCAUAUUAUUAAGACAGCGGACGAGGCGGACGUGCGCGUGAUGAUCGACGCGGAGCAGACGUACUUCCAGCCCGCCAUCUCGCGCAUCUGCAUGGAGGUCAUGCGCCGCUACAACAAGGACAAGCACCUGGUGUUCAACACGUACCAGACGUACCUGAAGAACACGUUCAACGAGAUAGUGACGGACGUGGAGCAGGCGCAGCGCCAGGGCUUCCACUGGGGCGCCAAGCUCGUGCGCGGCGCUUACAUCGAACAGGAGCGUGCUCGCGCUGCGGCCAUGGGGUACGAGGACCCGACGUGCGAGAGCGUCGAGGCCACCACCGCCUCCUUCCACCGCUGCCUUAAGGAGAUCCUCAGCAAAGCCAAGAAGAACAACCUGGGCAUAAUGGUGGCGUCACACAACGAGGACACGGUCCGCUACGCCAUCCAGCUGAUGCAGGAGCACAACAUCCGGCCCGAGGACAAGGUGGUCUGCUUCGCGCAGCUGCUUGGCAUGUGCGACCACGUCACCUUCCCGCUGGGUCAAGCCGGCUACUCGGCGUACAAGUACGUGCCGUACGGGCCCGUGAUGGAGGUCCUGCCGUACCUCUCACGCCGCGCCAACGAAAAUCGCGGCUUCCUCUCCAAGAUCAAGAAGGAGAAGGGUCUGCUGCUGAAGGAGAUCGCGCGCCGCGUCGUCACCGGCCAGAUGUUCUAUAAGCCGCACGGCAACUACACGCCCCUGUAAGUGACGGUAAAGACGCGACCCGUGACGGAACGUUAACGAUGCGACUCGCGACGGAACGUUAACGAUACGAUUCGCGACGAAAAGUUGAUAACUCGAUACGCCAGGGCACGUUAACGAUGCGACUUGCGACGAAACGUCAACGGCUCGAUACGCGAUAGAACGUUAAAAACGCGACUCGCGACAAAAAGUUAACGACAAGAUCGGUGACGGAACGUUAACGAUACGACACGUGUCGCCAUCUAGUGACGAACGUCGGUACUGCGGUAGAGAAUAGAUACUGUAGCGUUGUUUAUACUUGUGAUGUUAUAUGGCUUGUCGCGCGCUCGUCUGGACGAGAAUAACCUCGAAUAAAUAAUUUUAAAGCUUCUCGCUCAGUCGAACGCCUAGCUUAAGAACUGUAGUCUAUUUGUUCUCGUAUUCGAUACAAUUGUUACAAAAUGUCAGUCCAAAAAUGAUAAUAAUUAAAAUAAUGUGAGUUACAGAUAAGGUGUGCCACCUAACUAGUCGUGUUCUUCAGUUGUAUUUAGUGGCUGCAGUGAAUCACAAGCGCCCCAACCGAAUGAGAAUUCUAAUUAUGAUGCUGAAAUAUGGAUUAUAAAAUAAGCAUUAUAUCACUCAUUGUCGUCCAGUAGAAGCCAUCAAACGAAAAUGUUGAGGCAUCGCUUGGGAAAAGUAUUAGUUGUUUACUAAAAUUGUCAAUUUAAUUCGUUUUCUUUUCGAUUUCAGCGGAUGGUUGGACUGAUUGUCGUAAAGGUUAUUCAUUUUUAUCAGUUUUGUUUUGUUGCAACUUUUUAGAUAUUGGCUCGAAAUUUCGCACAACAAAAUAUUCUGAUGUACGAUUUUUUAAAACGAAUACAACACUCAGUUAAUGUUACCGGGCUAUCUUUUAACUCUGUGACUACCUUUUAAUAAAAAAAUAUUGUGAUCAUAGACAAAACGACUUUUUAUUGUGUGGACAAAAUAUUAUUCUUUUUUAUUUAAAUUUACAAGUUUCGCGCCAUUAUCUCAAAAGUGUUUUGUUUGUAUUAUAAUUUGUAUAUAGGUAUUUCUUAUACAUCGUGUAAAGUAUUUAUCGUUUGAUGUAGCUAGAUACGUAGAUUGUUGUUGAACUAAGGGUAAAUCUGCUGAGGUAAUGAUAGACUAUGUUACAAUUGACAAUACAUUUUUUAUUGAAACUAUACACUUAAAUAAUUAUGACCCUCUAUGUGUUGAUAAUUACUAUCGAAUCGCUAAAAUGUAUUGUAAUUGAUUAUUAUUAUUGGUAGAUAAUAUAGUAAAUUGUUGUCGAAAUAAAUUAUUGUAAUGUACGAAGUAAGUAUUGUACAAUAUGAGACGCAUUUUGAUUUUAUUAUUUUAAUGUCAUACGCUGCUGUAAUAUUUAUACGAUUUUAGUUUUGAGAGCAGGCCACGAGCAAAUUUUAUUAUUGAACGAAGCAUUUACAUAAUUUAUUCUAAGUUUACUUAAUAAUGUUAUAGAUUUACUACACCAUACAAUUUUCUUUUUAAUAAAAUAAGAAAUAAACGUUGACGCCAUCUAGGUUUUGACCAAAUCACAGUGGCGCCAUCUGCUAAAUUAUUUCUGACAUCUAACAGAGGGCGCCACACAACACCUUUACUAGUAGCGCCACAAUUAUGAUGUCAACCAGUAUCUGCAGCUUGAGCCACUGUGGUGUCAUACCUAUUACAAUGUACUAUCUAUGUAUUUUCAAUUUCAUAUUAUUUAUAUUGUGAUUGAAUAAUGCGCAUACUAGUAGCGGCACGCGAAAAUGUUUAGUCGCCAAACAAAGCGAGAUGUUGCCAUGUAGACUUGGUACUAAACGAAAUAGUAACUUCUUCUCUUUGGCGACCGGAACACUUUUGUUGUCUGCUUGUGUGUCUUAAAAUACAGUAAAACCAAUCUUCUAUAGCUCUCGGCAAUCCUCGUUUUUUUAUAGAAAUUGACGAUGAAAAACGACGACUGCCGAAAGCCAAAUCUAAUCUCAAAUAUGGAAUGUAAUUUAAUUUAUUUGAAUCUCAUGCGUCAAUUUGAAAUUAUACUAAGUGUAAUGCUGUAUGAUGUUGAUUAUGUUCAGAUUUUAAUUUUAUUACUUAGUCAAAUAUACGCGAUUGGCAAUUUACGAUAACGACAUCUCUAAAAAUCUUAUUUACCUUCCAGCCUCCUUCCUACGUGGUAAAUUAUAUCAGCGCAGAAUUCUAAGGUAUUUGUAAUGCGCCAUAGUUUGUACUCGCUCUAUAGAUGAGGCUUCUAUCCGUGAUAUAAGGAGGCAAACGGACGAACAGACGUAGAAAAAUUUUACAAGACGUUAAGUUGAAAUGCGCUGAUAUCUUUUUCAACUAUUUUGUUUGUUAAUUUUUGCGAUCAUGUUUCUUCAAGUAGAAAGAUGUCAAAGACUUAUUGUUCUACCUCCAUUUGUGAAAUGCGGAUCGUAGGUAUGAAUUGGAAGUAGUUUCUUAAUGUUUUUCGAUACGUUAGCGAUCAUUGUCGAGGUGUUUAGUUCCUAUAAUUAUACAGGAUUGUUUUCAGUCAAUUAACGUGUCAUUAUAGGCGUUGGCAAUAGCUAGGAGAUUAAACACAAUAUCACAAGCUGUGCUCCGAGUAAAGCAAGAUAUGUGUAAUCUAAAGGAUUACAAUAUUUUUGCGUCCAUAAAUUUCUGAUACUGCUAUUAUCUGAAUAUUCGUUUGGUAAGCCAUUUAAAUGAUUGUCUUGUAAUUUUAAUAUGAAGAACCGAUGGUGUAAGUUGCACGUGUGCGUUUUGCAGGACGACAAAGAUAAGGAAUGUUGUGAAGGAAAUUAAACAAUUUUUUACAACUGCUUAUUUUGUGAAGUGUGUCUGCAGAACGACCGAGUGUAAUUGAUCCUUAAAAACCUGUUGUGACCUUGCCAUUUUAUCAUUUUGUGAAUCAUCCAUUUUGACAUCAGUUUUGUAGUGAUACAUUGAAUUAAAUUUUUAUUUGUAAUUCAUUUAGAAGUUUAUUAAGUUUUUCGCUGAAUGUGAUGCUAAUUUAGAUUAUUUUAUUUUUAGACAUUUAAUAAAGACAUGUUUUAAUUUGUA